AUGCGGGAGGCAAGUCUGGAGCCCGACGUCAUCAGCUACAACGCUGGGAUCAGCGCGUGCGGACAGGGCGAGCAGUGGCAUCGGGCGGUGGCGUUGCUCAGGGACAUGUGGGAGGCGAAGCUUGAGCCCACCCAGAUUCAGCUACAACGCUGGGAUCAGCGCGUGCGGGAAAGGCAGACAGUGGUACCAGGCCUUGCUGCUGCUCAGCGAGAUGUGGGAGGCGAAGAUGGAGCCCGACCCCUAGUCUCCUACAAUGCCGGGAUCAGCGCGUGCGAGAAGGGCGAGCAGUGGCAGCGGGCUCUGGCACUGGUCGGCGAGAUGUGGGAGGCGAAGCUAGAGCCCGACGUCAUCAGCUACAGUGCUGGGAUCAGCGCGUGUGAGAACGGUCAGCAGUGGCAGCUGGCCCUGUCGCUGCUCAGCCAGAUGGUCGAGACGAAAUUGGAGCCUGACAACAUCAUCUACAACUCUGGGAUCUGCGCUUGCGAGAAAGGUCAGCAGUGGCAGCGGGCCCUGUCGUUGCUCAGCGAGAUGGGCGAGACGAAACUGGAGCCCGACUUCAUCAGCUACAACGCUGGGAUCAGCGCGUGCGAGAAAGGGCGAGCAGUGGCAGCGGGCGCUGGCACUGCUGAGCGAGAUGUGGGAGGCGAAGUUGGAGCCUAA